ACGGAUCAGAACCUCGGAAAAAACGUCCGUCACCAUCAUGCGUGUGUCUGACAACCAGAAGAUUUGUGUCAUUUGAAAAGACUUAAGGAGGAGAGAGGGGGGAAAAAAGACUCGGAGGAAUACAAGAACUCAGUCUGCUGACAGAAACAACAGUGACCCAGUGCUUAGACAUGGCCAGCACCCAGACCAGUUUGAAAACCCCUUUCAAAGACUUGACCUCAUUCAAGGGCAACAUGAAACGGCUGUACAGAGAGCGGCUGGAAGACGCACCCAUCAAGAAGCGAGUGAUGGCGGAGAUCAACCUGAAGCGUCGCAGCUUGGACUCCCUCCCAAAAACUCCCAAGGUGAAGAGGGAGCAGACCGAUGACAUGUGCCACGACUCUGACAUGGAUCUGGCGGGCCGGGCUGAAUUGCAUAUGGUGGGCUCUGCUAAAGCCCUGGACCUGAGCCCCGGGCUCAAACACACACUGGCCCAGUUCACCCUCAGCAGCCAGAGCUCCCUUGGGGGCCCAGCUGCCUUCUCGGCCCGUACCGGCCACGAGCAUUCCCCGGCCGGCAUGCCCCCCCUGCCCUCCCCUCCCGUUCUGGGAGGGGGCCCUCUGCUGGUUCCCUGCGACAGCUCCACUGAACUCACCCACUCGCUCCUGGAAGGAGAGUCCAUCUCCUGCUUCGUCGUCGGGGGAGAAAAGCGACUGUGCCUGCCCCAGGUGCUCAACUCCGUGCUCCGCGACUUUUCGCUGCAGCAGAUCAACACUGUGUGCGACGAGCUCUACGUCUACUGCUCGCGCUGCGAUGCCGAGCAGCUGCACAUCCUCAAAGUGCUGGGCAUCCUGCCGUUCAACGCACCUUCCUGUGGCCUCAUUACACUGACGGAUGCGCAGCGGCUGUGCAACGCUCUGCUGCGCCCCGGGGCGGCCUUGCCCACCGACCCCAGUGGUAAGCUGUCAGCCCAUGGCCUGCUGAAGGAGAGUGAAGCCAGCUUCCAGGUGGAGCACCAAUGUCUGGGGAAGUGCCAGGGUCUCUUUGUGCCCCAGUUCUACACCCAGCCCGAGGCGCACUGCAUUCAGUGCGUCGAGUGCCAGUUGCUCUUUUCACCACAGAAGUUUGUCAUGCAUUCACACAAGUCACCCGAUAAGAGGACCUGCCACUGGGGCUUUGAUUCGGCCAAGUGGCCCUGCUACCUGCAGCUUGCCAGGAAGUACCAGGGCACGUCCGAGGAACCCAAGCUCAAGCAGCUCCUGGAUGAGGUCAAAGAGAAGUUCCACUACCAGCUCAAAAGAUCACUAGACAAAAAGGCGGUGGAGGAGGAGGAGAGCCAGGUGAGGAAAACCUCUGCAGACCUCUGCUCGCCCAGUGGCAAGUUGGCCGACCCUGCAAGAAAGGGGAAAACAUCUCCACCUGCCUUGGUGUUCAACCGUCUUUUCUCUGAGAUCAAGGAGGAGCCAGGACACCCCACCAUGGUCCACCCCAGUUACUACCUGUACACAUAUGAUAAGAUGGUGGCGCCCAAUGUGUCUCUUGAGCGGGAGGCGGAGAUGAGCCCGGACAUGCUCGGAGCGCUGCUCAAACACCACUACAGCCGCAGAGUGCUGGGCCACGACGAGCCACCCAUGGAUCUUCACGCGUCGCCUCCUGCCGCUGCUGGCGCCGAGGAGGCCAAAUCCCAACAUGCCGCUGCUGCCUCGGCCACCGAGCGGGAAUGCCAAACCCAGGCAGUUUCCAUGGAGACAAGCAGCCCAAGCUGCAAGAAAGCCUCCCACACCCCCACUCACAGCCCUCAUCCUCCUCCUCCUCCUCCUCCUGCGUCGCUGUUGACGCCGGUAACGGAAGUAGCGGCUAAGGACACGGGCUCGGCCGUGAGCGGCGCUGCAGUGGUGGUGGGGGGGCUGGAGGACGACAAGGACAGGAUUGUUGUGGAGAUCAUGCAGAUGUACAGCAGGCAGCAGGAAAAGCUGAACUCCACCCUGCACAAGCAGCUGCAGCUGGAAUUGGAGCUGGAGGCGUUGCGCGGGGGCGAGGCAGCGAGGCUACGGGAGCUGAGCGCUGAGCAGCGAGAGCUUCGCAGCGAGCUGGAGGCGGUGCACAGCGAGCAGGCGCGGCAGCUCAACCAGGCCCGCCAGGAGCAGCUGGAGUUGGAGACCCGUCUGGAGCAGCUCCGGCAGCAGGCCUGCGCCUGCGAAACGGGGGUCCAGCGCCAUCAGGAGGCCCACUACACUGCACAGUUGUCAGAGCUCCGUCAGAGGCUGGAGCGGGCGGAGGCCGACCGACAGGAGCUGCAGGAGGAGUUGCGCCGCGAGCGGGAGGCUCGGGAGAAGCUGGAGCGCACAAUCACCCAGCUCAAGCAGCAGAUGGCCCGGUCUGUCGCCGUGGGAGGCAGCCCCUCUCCUCCUCUUUCCCCUUCCUCUGGACCCCCUAACGCCAACUCCCCGCCUUCCUCCAUCUCAGAGGCCCCAGCGUCUGGCCAAAAGUAACUGCCACCCCUCCAGGUGCCUCCCUCCCUCCCUCAUUCCUCUCCACAUCACCCACCGACUCCACAGACACAAACAAAUCAGCCUGGUGCAGAAAGGAGCUUCGCGCCUCCUCAGGCUGUUUUUAAGUUGUGCAUCUUCUGCCCUCCUCCCCUUUUACUUCAGUGUAGAACUGACUUUUGAAUUUUAUAAUUUAACACUUAAAAGAACAUUUUUAUGGUGUGCUUUUUUUAUCAUUCUUUCUUUUGCUCCGGCUCCUCUCUUUAAACUGUAUUUAAAGAUUUUUUUUGUGGGCAUGUAUGAUUUUAAUUUAUAGUUUUUACUGAACAAACAGCUGCUUCACAGUCGGGAGUUUGUUCGAGUAGAGACCAGCUCAACCAUCACAAUAUUUUUCUCCCCCUCACAUUGACACCCUCGUCAUCCCCUCCCUUCUGGCUCACUCUGGAUUCCGGAGCCAACAACUUUGAGAUUUUCAGACUUGGGCUCAGACACAGAUGCUCGUCUGCAGCUCCUCACGGACGUGUCACUUCACUGAUACUACCUGGCACAACAGCCGGUGCCCACGGACACAUGAUGGCACCUGGUUGUGCGUCUCCUCUCCGUCUCUCUGUACCUUCAGCCCCAGAUGCUUAAGUACCAGCGAAUGCAGGAAACUGCAUGGACAUUUAAAAACAGCUUUCUUUAUUUUCUUUCUUUCUUUUUGCUCCUGAUAAAAUACAGAGAAAGAAAAGUGUAAUGUGUUAAAAUAUCAAAUCUAUAUGGAGGAGAAAAAACCUUUACUGUACAAAAGAAAAAAAUACAUUAAGCAGAUGUUGUAAAGCCUAAUGAAAAUAUGCCAGUAGUGACACUGAACUUGAAAUGAGUGUUUUGAGUGUGUCGCCCACAAGGUAAAAAAGCAAGCAGACUGUCUGGACCCCAGCUGCUCCACAGAUUAUCUUCCUCUUCGCUCUGCUCCGCAGCACCUGGACUCUCCUGUUGUAGACCAAACAGUCUGUCGGUUGAUCCACCAGCUGCCCAGUGUCUCCUCUAACACCUCACCCCCUCCCUCACCCUCCACUAGAUUCCUCACACCUUCCAUCGCUGUGUGCUCGGGCUGUUGCCCUCUGCUGGGAAACUCCUUAACACUGUGGUUUUCACCCACUUUGGGCUAGACAGGAAACACUGUGCUCUUUUCAGGGUUUGGCAUGAACAAGCUCACGAGCGGUGUGUUGUGCACUCGAUGUGCUCGCCUCCUCCUCCACAGUCUCCUGGGAAAGGAAUGCGUCUGGACACGGGGGGCUGCGUGAGGCGGCGUAGCUUUUCUCAGAAAGAAGAAAGGCAAGAGUCUCACAUGUGCAGUAACCGCACUGUGUUACCAUAAUACAUACGACAUCCGUACAUGCACGCACGCACACAAUCAAGUGUGUUCGUGCAGUGCGGGCAUUCAGGCGGAACAAUGGUCCCGGCGUUCCCAGCAGAUGAUCAAAGCUCUAGCGUGUCCCUGUUUUCUGGGCUUCUUCUUUUUGUGUCAUUUGACUUCAUUGUCAGCGGACGUUUUUAAAAAAAUUUCUCCCCACCCUGUUUUUGCGUCGUCAAAGAAUGUGGGUCGCAGGUGAAAGCAGUUAAUCCAGGGUGGUUUGGGCCCUGCCUCACGUUAUUCUGCCUGGCUGAACAAACAGCACCGCGCCGGGAGAGGAAGAAGAGAGGGGAGGAUUGAGGGGAGCGCUUGGGGGACUGGUGCACUCUUCCCCCACGGCAGGCUGGGUGGCCCGGACGCCAGGGGUACAGAGGGAGCCCUUUUUUUGUUCUGUGCCGCCAGAAUGGGGGCAGCUGUUGUUGUCUAGGGGCCUCUGCCCACCCUCGGGUGAGACUGUACAAGGAUCCCCCCCGUCUCUCUCGACACAACCUCCCUCCCUCUCCCACAGAACCCGCCAUUACUCACUCGAUCUCACUUACCCGUCCAUCCAUCCAUCCAUCCAUCCAUCCGCAGUGCCAGAUCAGCUGGGGGUAGCGCAGUGUUUUGUCGAAGCCCAGGAGAGCGAGCAGACAUCCAGCCGGAGGAAGAGAGGACUUUUAUUGUGUCAGUUGCCAGGCAAAAGCGCUUUUUAUUGCCACUGAGGAGUUCCCUGUAAGCGAGUGUGUGUGUGUGUGCGCGCGCGCGUGUGUGUAAAUAAUUGUUUAAAAAGAAGGGGAUCGGCCUCAGCUAAACUCUGAGCUUGUUCUUAUGCAUCUGCUCUAAAUGCAAAUUGAUAGACAUUCCACUGUGCUCCAUCCUGUUAAAUGCAGAUUUUCUUACACAGCUUCCCUUUACAAUAACAGACCUUGAAGACCGGGGCAGUCCUGGUUUGUUGAUCGUCGAUAGAAGCAGGUGCAGGUGCAAGCGAGUCAAAUCAAACCCACGCCGCAAAUGUACACUCUACUGUUCCAUUUAAACCUUUAUUGAAAUUAUGAAAGAAAAUAUUUAACGUAUUAACUAAAGAUUUAUAUUCACCUUGUAAAUACAGUAGUCAUUAAUAUAUUAACUGUUCUUAUAUGGAUAAUCUUCAAAAGGUUAUAUAAAUUGGACCAGACUUAAGGCUUCAGACGGCCUAAAUGUUUGUUGCUUUCUUUUUUUCUUUUCUUUAAAAAAAAAAAAAAAAAAAGGUGAUCUUUGCAGAAAUCCGAACUUGACUUUGGUCGAGUGGAUAUGGGGGAGAGACAUGCACGGUUCCUGAGACAUGACGCAGGAUAAAGGCAAAAUAGGAAAAAUAAUACUUGGUUACACACGUUCCCCCUUUUCUGAACUGAUGCAUUUGUUUUUAUUUUGUGGAUUUCAUCUUGACGGACUGUUUAACUUGUAAUGUAUUGAACUUUCCCCCCUCCUCUUUGUUAACCCUCCCUCCCCUCCCCUGAGUUAAAUUGAAAAUAUUUGUUGAAGAAUAUGCAUUUCGGGGGAAAAAAGAAAGAAAGUGAAAAAGGUUUUUUUAAUGCAUGUUUGCUGCCCCUUAUGUUUAGUGUCACCGGGCCACUCGACCAAUCAGUUUUUUGUGAAGAAAAAGUUUCCCCCCCAUGUAACACAAAACUAUUGAGAUGGCUCAUAUGCAUGAUCAUUGAAUAUGUGCAAGUUUUAUGUCCUUGUCAUAAUUGGUUCAGAGGCUAAAUAUUAAGUCAGAGCUAACGGAAAAACUAAAUGUAGCCUAAUUUGAUUUGGAAAUGAUGUGUGUGAGAUGAAAAGUGUGAGUGUGAGUGUGUGUGUGUGUGUGUGUGUGUGUGUGUGUGUGUGUGUGUGUGUGUGUGUGUGUGUGUGUGUGUGUGUGUGUGUGUGUGUGUGUGUGUGUGUGUGUGUGUGUGUGUGUGUGUGUGUGUGUGUGUGUGUGUGUGUGUGUGUGUGUGAUGACCUCCGAUGUCUGACUGAAGCAUGGCAGCUUUGAAAAGGGAAAGAGAAGAACUCGCUCAUGUAGCUCUGGAUGUGUUGUGUUUUUAUUAUUUCAGAUCACAUAUCCUCAUCCGGAUGUGUUAACAUCACUGAAAAGAUAAUCAGUAUUAGUUGUUAUUGACUUAAUUACCUCUUCAGCAGAACAACAACAAACAAAAAAAAUCCUUUAAAUUCUUCACAUUUACCCUAAUAAAAAAAUAUGUAGUUUUACUUUCUGUGUAAUUAGCAUUUUAUACACAAGGGGGCGACGUGAAGCUUCUUGAAUUGUACACCUUGAUGAGAAAAAAAAAAGGACUAAACGAUCGGGGAGAGAAGAUCCCCUGUAACACGGCGUGCUGGGCCCUUUUUUGCAUUUUGCAGUGUUAUGAGAACUUGGAUAUGCUUUGUACAGAAUUUCUACAGGUGUGAGGUUUUGCCCAACCGAGUAAAACGAGGAGGGAGGAGCCAGGCUUUACCACCUGAACAUAUUUUAAUACAGGAUUUACAUGCCCACGUAUGAAUAAAACUAUUAAACAAAUCCAAGCUGACCUUUGAACUGUCCUAGUUGGUUUGCUUUGUAGUUGGGUGCAUAGUUGUCAGCCAGUAAUAAUUAUAUGCCGGGGUGGGAGAAGUCUGAACUAUAGGGCUGCCUUGGUGAUUGGUCGCACAGAUCACCGGCUACUAAGAAUAUAAUGUUUUAAUUUCCCACACAUCCUGUUGUAAAAGGAAGAAGAAGAAAAAAUAUUUAUGGCUUUGCUAAAAAAAGAACCCUUCUUCCCCCUCGAUGCUGUUCCGAAAACAUGAAACGCAGUGUCUGUGUACGAACAUUGCAUACUACGUUGCCAAUAACUACAGUGUGAUGAGACUUUUGUUCUUGCAUGAAUCGAGACACUGUUCUCCUACCUCAUGUUGUGAUAUAAAAAGAUGUUUUUUAAGCAGAAGACACUGCAUCUCUAACUGUUUAUCAUCAUUGAUAUUUACUAGUAAAUGACAUACCUGUAAAUGCUUUUAGCUAAUACCUCAGUUGUAUCUAGUGUUUGUUUUUUUUUCUGUUUUUUGCCCCUCCGCUGAUUUCAGAUCUUGUAAAUAUGCCCUGUAUAGACAAUGAACUUGGAUCAAAUUCAAGUAAAGUUCUGUAGUGUCAAA